AUGGCUGGACACGACAGGAGCUCCUCACCCAAACCGUUAGGCUCGGCAAGGUUCGGAACCGGCGCUGUAGGUUCGACGAGUCCGUUCAGGGCUGGUUCGGCUGAAGCUGGUUCGGCGGACGUUGGUCUGGAAGUGCAGCUCGGGCAGCUGAGAAUUAAAAACGCGGACCUGAAGCUGAACGUGGAAAAUUUACAGGCGGAGUUGAAAGCCGCGAAGGAACAGAUCGGGCAGAUGACAAAAGAGAUUGAGGCGUGGAAAAAGGAGGGAGUGCCGAAAGACAAUGCUGCUGAGAUGAAAGCGGAGAUUGAAAAGCUGAAGAAGGAAUUGGCAGAGAGCAAAGGAGGAGGGAAGGGCGUGGGGGUAGUGGGAGAUAGAGAUAAGGAAAUGAAGGAGAUGGAGGAGAAAAUGAUGGUUAUGGAAGUAGAGGCGUUAGAUGCGAUUGGGAAGGUGAGGGAGGAAAAGGAGGAGGUGGAGAGGAGACUGAGUGAGGUGGAGGCAGAAAGGGAUGAGGCGAGGAGGAAGUGUGAGGAGGCGCAGCAGCGGAUGGCAGAUGCUGUGAGAGAGAGAGGGGAGGUGGAGGUGAGGAGGGAUGAGGAUGUAGCUGCUGUGAGGAAGGCUAUGGAGGAGGAGAGGCGCAAGGUGGAGGAGGGAAGGAGGAAGGCGGAGGAGGAGAGGGAUGGAGUGUUGAAGGCGAAGAGUGAGAUGGAAAGGGAGAAGGAAGUGUUGAUGGGGAGGUUUGCGGAGGAGGAGAGGAGGCGAGAGGAGGCGGAGAGGAGGCGAGAGGAGGCGGAGAAAGGGAGGCGAGAUGCGGAGGAGGAAAAGGCACGAGCUGAAGGGGAGAAGGAACAGGCGUGGAAGGAGAGGGAGGAGGCGGAGGCUGCUCGGAGGGUGGCGGAGGAGGAGAGGGAUGAGGCAGUGAGGGCGAAGGAGGAGGCGGAGAGGGAACGAGACGAGGCGACGAGGGCACGUGAGGCGGCGGUAACGAAGCAAGGGGAGGCGGAGAAGAGGAGAGACGAGGCAGAGAGAUCAAGGGAGGAAGCAGAGACACGGAGGGAGGAGGCGGAGAGAGAGAGAGGGAAGGCGGAAGAGGAGAAAGAGCAAGCGAAGAAGGAGAGGGAAGAAGCGGAGGCAGCACGGGGAGUGGCGGAGAAAGAGAGGGAUGAGGCUGUGAAAGCGAAGGAGGAGGCGGAGAGGGAACGAGACGAGGCGACGAGGGCACGUGAGGCGGCGGAAACGAAGCAAGGGGAGGCGGAGAAGAGAAGAGACGAGGCAGAGAGAUUGAGGGAGGAAGCAGAGACACGGAGGGAGGAGGCGGAGAGAGAGAGAGGGAAGGCGGAAGAGGAGAAAGAGCAAGCGAAGAAGGAGAGGGAAGAGGCGGAGGCAGCACGGGGAGUGGCGGAGAAAGAGAGGGAUGAGGCAGUGAAAGCGAAGGAGGAGGCGGAGAGGGAACGAGACGAGGCGACGAGGGCACGUGAGGCGGCGGAAACGAAGCAAGGGGAGGCGGAGAAGAGGAGAGAAGAGGCAGAGAGAUUAAGGAAGGAAGCAGAGGCGCAGAAAGAGGAGUCUGAGAGCGCGAGAGGGAAGGCGGAAGAGGAGAAAGAGCAAGCGAGGAAGGAGAGGGAAGAGGCGGAGGCAGCACGGGGAGUGGCGGAGAGGGAGAGGGAUGAGGCAGUAACGUGUAAGGAGGAGGCAGGGAGGGAGAGGGAUGAGGCAGUAAAGGGUAAGGAGGAGGCGGAGAGGGAGAGGGAUGAGGCAGUAAAGGGUAAGGAGGAGGCAGGGAGGGAGAGGGAUGAGGCAUUAAAGGGUAAGGAGGAGGCAGGGAGGGAGAGGGAUGAGGCAGUAAAGGGUAAGGAGGAGGCAGGGAGGGAGAGGGAUGAGUCAGUAAAGGCUAAGGAGGAGGCAAAGAGGGAGAGGGAUGAUGCAGUAAAGGGUAAGGAGGAGGCAGAGAGGGAGAGGGAUGAGGCGGUAAAGGGUAAGGAGGAGGCGGAGAGGGAGAGGGAUGAGGCAUUCAAGGGUAAGGAGGAGGCGGAGAGGGAGAGGGAUGAGGCAGCAAAGGGUAAAGAGGAGGCGGAGAGGUUGAGGGAUGAGGCAUUAAAGGGUAAGGAGGAGGCGGAUGCAAAACGAGCAGAGGCCGAAAGCGCUCGUGAAGCGGCUGAGAAGAGGCAAGAGGAGGCAGAAACGAGGAGGGAGGAGGCAGAAAAGAGGAGGGAGGAGGCAGAGGGUAGAAGAGAAGCUGCGGAAAGGGAGAAGGAGCAAGCGGAGCUGGCACGGGCAGAAGCAGAGGCACGGAGAGACGAGGCUGAGAGGCUUUCUGCAGAGGCUGAAGGGAGGAGAGAGGAGGCUGAGAGGGCGAAAGAGGAGGCUGAGAGGGCGAAAGAGGAGGCUGAGAGGGCGAAAGAGGAGGCUGAGAUGGGGAAAGUGGAAGCGGGUAAAGCGAGAGAAGAGGCGGAAAGGGAGAGGGAGACGGCAGAGAAGAGAAGAGAGGAAGCUGAGAAUGCAAGGGAGGAAGAAAAGAAGUUGAGAGAGGGAGCAGAAAGGGCACGAGAUGAGGCAGAGAAAGCAAGGGAGGCGGCGGAGAAAGCAAAGGAGGAGGCGGAGAAAGCUAAGGAGGAGGCGGAGAAAGCCAAGAGCGAGGCAGAGAGAAGACGGGAAGGUGCUGAGAUGAAGCUGACGGAAGAGGAAGAGAGGAGGAAAGAGGCAGAUGAGAGGAGGAGAGAGGCGGAAGAGAGAAGGGAGGAGGCGGAGCGAGAGAGGGAGGAGGCUGUGAAGGUGAGAGAGGAGGCAGAGGCGAGGAGGGAAGCUGCUGAGAACGCAAAGGAGGAGGCGGAGGAGAGGCAACGUGAGGCAGAGAAAGCAAGGGCUGCUGCUGAGGAAGCGCGGGAGGAGAGCGAGACUGCAAGGGAGGAGGCUGAGGCGAGGAGGAAAGAGGCUGAAGAGGCAAGGGAGGAGGCGGAGAAAGGAAGGGAGGAGGCAGUAGAGAGGGCAGCAGCAGCGGAGGAGAAGAUUGAGGAGGAGAGAAUGGCAAGGGAAGAAGCUGAGAGGGCGAAAGAGGAGGCUCAAAGGGUGAGGGAAGAGGCAGAAAAGUGCACAGAGGAUGCAAGAAAGGCACGAGAGGAUGCAGAGGCCCGAUGUGAGGAGGCAGAGAAUGGUCGAUUGGAAGCAGAGAGAAAGCAAGCAGAGGCUGAGGCGGCGAGGGAAGAAGCAGUUGCAGCGAGGCAGCAAGCAGAGACAGCGAGGGAUGAGGCUGAGAGGAAUCGAGCUGAGGCUGAGAAAAAGCAGGUGGAUGCAGAAAUGAAACAGGCAGAGGCAGAGGUGGCGAAGGAAUUAGCAGAAGCAGCACGUGCAGAGGCGGAGGCAGAGGAGAGGGCACGGGAAGCAGAGAGGGCAGAGCGAGAGGCAAGAGAAGAAAGUGAGGUGGCGAAGAGGGCAAAGGAGGCAGCAGAGGCUGCACGCGAGGCAGGAGAGCGAGAUAGAGAGGCAGCUGAGAGGGCGAAAGAGGAGGCAGAGAGGACGAAAGAGGAGGCUGAAAAGGCAAGGAAGGAAGCUGAGCAGGGGAAGGAGGAAUCGGAGCAAGCUCGAGCAGCAGCUGAAGUGUUGAGAAAGGAGGCAGUUGAAGCAAUGGAGGAGGCUGAGAGAGUGAGCCAGGAGGGUGAGAAGGCGAGGAAGGAGGCAGAGAGGGGCAGGCGAGAAGCAGAGCGAGCACAGGCGGAGGCGGAGAGGCAGAGAGAUGAGGCUGAGAGGCGAAUGGCUGGUGCUGGGAUGAGCAAGGAUGAGGCGGAGAGGGAGCGGGAGGAGGCGCAUAGGGGCAGGGCAGAGGCGGAAAGGAGGAUGGAGGAGGCGGAAAGCAGGACAGAGGAGGCGGAGAAGAGGAGAGAUGAGGCGGAGAGGAGGAGAGAUGAGGCGGAGAGAGCAAGGGAGGUUGCUGAGGAGGCGAGAGAAGAGGCUGUGAGAGAAAAGGAAGAGGCUGUUAGGGGGAGGGAUGAGGCGGAGGAGAGGCGGGUGGAGGCAGAGAGGAGACAAAGCGAGGCGGAAGAGAAGGAGAGGGAGGCUGAGAAGGCUCGGGAGGAGGCUGAGAAGGCUCGGGAGGAGGCUGAGAAGGCUCGGGAGGAUGCAGCUAAAGCUGCGGAGGAGGCUGAGCAGGCAAAGAGAGAGGCGCUUGAAGCAAAGGCAGAGGCAGAGGAGAGGAGGGCGGAGGCUGAAAAGGCACGAGAUGGUGCAGAGGCUAAGGCAGCUGAGCUAGAGAAGGCUGUGGAGGAGGCUGUGCGUGCACAGGCAGAGGCGGAGGAGAGGAGGGCGGAAGCAGAAAGAGCACGAGAUGCUGCAGAGGCGAAGGUGGAGGGGUUAGAGAGGGCCGUGGGAGAGGCUGUGAGUGCGAAGGCACAGGAGGAGGAGAGGAAGGCGGAAGCAGAAAGAGCACGAGAUGCUGCAGAGGCGAAGGUGGAGGGGUUAGAGAGGGCUGUGGGAGAGGCAGAGGCCGUGAGGAAGGCAGCAGAGGAGGAGAGGGAUGAGGCGCUGAGAGGCGAGGAGUGCACUGUGGAGGAGCGGUAUGAGCUGGUGCAGGCCCUUGAAAAAGCAGGUGAGGAGAAGGAUGAGUUGACGAGGGCUGUUGAGGCAGUGAAAGGGGAGAGGGAUGAGCUGGUGCAGGCUCUUGAAAAGGCGGGUGAGGAGAGGGAUGAGUUGACGAGGGCUGUGGAAGAAGUGAAAAGGGAGAGGGUUGAAGCGGUGAGGGCUCUUGAAAGGGCAGGUGAGGAGAAGGAUGAGUUGACAAGGGCUGUGGAAGAAGUGAAAGGGGAGAGGGAAGAACUGGUGCUGGCUCUUGAAAGGGUGGGUGAGGAGAAAGAUGGGCUGACGAAGGCUGUUGAGGCAGUGAGAGGGGAGAGGGAUGAGCUGGUGCAGGCUCUUGAAAGGGUGACUGAGGAGAGGGAUGAACUGACGAGGGCUGUUGAAGCAGUGAGAAGGGAGAGGGAUGAAGCGGUGAAGGCUGUAAGGGCAGGUGAUGAGAGGGGUGAGCUGGAGAGGGCUGUUGCAGAGGCUGUUGCAGAGGCUAUUAGGGAGAGGGAUGAGGCAAUGAAGGCUGUUGAGAAGGCUGUUAGGCAGAGGGAUGAGGCAAUGCUGGUGAUUGAAGCAGCAAGAGAGGAGCGGGACAGGGCAGUUGAGGCUGUUGCGUUGGCGGUAGAAGAGAGGAACGAAGCAGUGAGGAUUCUUGACAGGGUGACGGCGGAGAGGGACGAGGCGAUGCUGGUGAUUGAUGAGGCUGUUGGGGCGCUUGGUGGGGCCAUUGGGGCGAGGGAGGCACGAGGGCUGGUUGGGGAGCGAGUGGCCAUUAGGGAGAGAGAGGCGAGAGGGUUGGUUGAGGAGAGGGAGGUGAGUGGGGAGGGGGAGGCGAUUGGGGAGAGGGAGGUGAGAGAGAUGGUGAACUUGAAUGAAGCAGCAGGAGGGGAUGGAGACAAAGUGACAGUUUGUGUGGGGUGUUUAAGUAAGUGUGAAGGGUUGGUGGGCGAUACGGAGGAAGCAGAUAGGAGGCGGGAGGAGGCGAAGAGGAGACUAGAGGAGCUGAAGGGAAUCCUUGAUGAGGUGAGGGGGAAGCAGGAGGAGUCUGAGCGGAAACUGGAGGAAGUUGAGAAACAGCUGGUGGAUAUGGGGGAUGCGAAGGCGGAGGCAGAGAGGAGGAGAGAGGAGGCAGAGAGUGGGAGGGUUGAGGCAGAAGGGAGAAGAGUGAGAGCAGAGGAGGAGAGGGAUGAGGCUGAGAGGAGGAGAGGUGAUGCUCUGAUUGCGAAGGAGCAAGCGGAGAGCGAAAGGGGAGAAGCAGAGAAAGCAAGGGAAGAGGCAGAGAGAGCAAAGGAGGAGGCGGAGAAAAAAUGGAAGGAAGAGGGGAUGAGGAGAGCAGAGGCAGAGAAGGCGCUAGAAGAGGCACUGGAGGCAGGUUUUGUGGUGGAUGGGCGGACGGGGGAGGCAGAGAGGAGGAGAGAGGAGGCAGAGAGGAGGAGAGAGGAGGCAGAGAGGGGAAAAGAGGAAGCAGUGAGGAGGGGAGAGGAGGCAGAGAGGGUACUAAAAGAGGCGCUAGAGGCAGUAGUGCAGGCAGAGGUUCGAAGGGAGGAGGCAGAGAAGGAAAGAGAUGAGGCGGAGAGGAGGAGGGAAGAGGCGGAGAGGAUGGCAGAAGAGGCUGAAAUACGAGCUGAGGAGGAGGCUGUUAAGGCGAGUGAGGAAGCAGCAAGGCGAGUGAGAGAGGCAGAAGCAGCAAGAGAAGAGACGGAAAGGAGGAGAGAAGUAGCAGAGGGUGCGUUGUUGAUAGCAGAGGUGUUAUUGCAGGAGGCGGAGGUGUGGAGAGAUGAGGCGGAGAGGAGAUUAGAAGAAGGGGAGGGAUUGCAGAAGGAAGCUGAGCGGGUGAGAGAGGAGGCGGAGAGGAGGAGAGAAGUAGCAGAGGGCGCAUUGUCACUAGCAGAGGUGGUAUUGCAGGAGACGGAGGUGUGGAGAGAUGAGGCGGAGAGGAGAUUGGAGGAGAGAGAGGGGUUGUGGAAGGAGUCUGAGUGGGCGAGAGCAGAGGCGGAGAGGGGGAGAGAAGAAGCAGAGGCGGCUUUGGAGAUAGCAGAGGCAGCGAGGGAUGAAAUUCAAAGGGCGAAAGAGGAGGCUGAGAGGAGGAGAGAAGAAGCAGAGGGGGCUGCGGAAAUAGCAGAGGCAGAGAGGGAUGAGAUGAAGAGGGCGAAGGAGGAGGCUGAGGCUAGCUGGGAAGAGGCGCUGGGGAUGCUGGGAGAGGCUGAGAGGGGGAGAGAGGAGGCUGAGAGGGGGAGAGAGGAGGCUGAGAGGGGGAGAGAGGAGGCUGAGAGGGGGAGAGAGGAGGCGGAGAGGGGAAAAGAGGAGGCGGAGAGAGGGAGAGAGGAGGCUGAGAAAAAGGUAGUGGAAGCUGAAAGGAUGAGAUGGGUGGCUGAUAGAAAAGGAGAGGGGGCAGAGAGGGGAGGAGAGGGGCCAGAAGAGGCGAGGGGAGAGAUGGAGGGAGAGGUUGGGGGCGAGGAAGUGGGAAGUGAUGGUAUGGAGGGAGAGAAUAGGGGAUGCAGUGGAGGAAAAGAGGAUGGGGAGAGCAGUGCAGGGGAGGAGGAUAAGGUAUGCAGCCAGGAGGAGAAGGGUCGGGAGAGCAGUGGGGAGGAGGAGCAGGUGAAGGGAGUGAUUUGCCACUGCACGCAGAAGGAGGUGCUGCCUGAGGGUGCUGCUGCUGCAGAGGCGCCACACAGGGGGUGGGCGAAUCCCGGCAGCAGUGGAGGGGAGACGAGUGUGGUUGGCAUGAGGUUGUUGGAAAGGGAGGAGUUGGAGAGGGAGAGGGACGAGCUAAGAGCGCAGUGGGAGGCGGCAGAGGAGAGGCGAAGGGAGCUGGAGGCGAUUGUGAGUAAAACGGGCGUGCAGCUAGAGAGGGUGGCUGGGGUGGAGGAGGCAGAGAGGGAGAGGGAGGAGGCGGUGAGAGGAAGGGAUGCAGCUGUGGAAGCAAGGGAUGAGGCGUUCAGAGCGAGGGAUGAAGCUGAGAAGGCCAGGAAAGAUGCAGAAAUGAGGGUUGAGGAGGCGGAGAAGGAGAGGGAUGAGGCGUUUGAAGCAAGGGAUGAGGCGGUGAGAGCACUGGAGUGUGCGGAGGAAGCAAGGAGAGAGGCGGAGGCGGCGAGAGAUGAAGCGUUGGAAUCAAGAGACGGGAUUCAGAAGUCGUGGGAUGAGGCUGAGGGGGCGAGGAGAGCAACGGAGAAGAGGCUUGAGGAGCUUAAGCAGGCUUUGGAGGAGGCUGAAAGGGCAAGGCAAGAGGCUGAGAUGGCAAAGGAAGUGGCAGAGGCGGCGAGAGAAGAGGCUGAGGCAGCUUGGAAGGAGGCAGUGGAGAAAGUGGGAGAGGCGGAGGAGAGGAGUGAGAAGAGGUGUGAGGAGGAGAGGAAGGUGAGGGAAGAAGCGGAGAGGGCGAGGGAAGAAGCAGUGAAGGCAAGAGAGGAAUCUGAAAGGAUGAGAGAGGAGGCUGAGAAGGGAAGGGAGGAGGCGGUAACGAGACAAGCCAUGCCGUGCAGCGCAUGUGCGGAAAAAGAUGAGGCGAUGCAGUCCAUUCUCAACGAGCUAGUCACCGCCCAGGCUGCGUCCGAAGCUGCCAUAGCCUUGGCGGCAACCAACGCUGCGGAGGAGGUUCGGGCGGAGCUUCGGAUGGCGCAGGAAGGGUGGGAGAAGCGGCUGAGUGAAGUGGAAGGGGAGUUGGAGCUUGUGAAAGGGGAGGGAGAGAAGCUUGAGAAGAGAGUGAAGGAAGCAGAGGAGGAGAGUGUGCGGCUGCGGGAGGAGGUGGAGGGAGAGCGGAAGGGGAGGGAGGAGGAGAGAGCUGCCAAGGAGGAAGAGAAGAGAGCAAAGGAAGAGGAGAGGAGGGAGAAGGAGGAGGAGAGGGAGAGGAGGGAGCAGGCGGAGGCAGGGAGGAGGGCAGCGGAGGAGGAGGCACAGCUGACGAGGGAGGAUCUGGAAGUGAUGCGGGAGGCAAAGAGGGAGACAGUGCGGAACCUCACAGACUCGCUGCUGGCUGCGGAGGAGCAGAGGAAGCGGCUGCUGUUCCUGCUGCGGAAGGCACAGAUCAUCGAAGGCCUCUAG